UCUCUCUCUCUCUCUCUCUCUGCAUUUUUAUCUUGCGUGAUCUGUGUUUGCUUACGUGAGUGCCACGUCCUCUCGCCGAGUAUGUCUAGCGAGUGCAGACAACGAGGCCGGUCUAGCAGCUGACUCGCCGACGGCGCCGACGUAGCUCGAUAUCGAUACAUACGUGCACGGGGAGAUGCUGCUCGUCACCGCCGCCGCGCUUCCUUCCGUUCGCUCGCGUUCGCCACGCGAUCGUUAACACGGCCAAAGCUGGAAAUUGAUCGAUCGAUGCUGAAGGAAACAGAUGACUCGUCGUCCGCUGAUUGCGGGAUCUCGUCUCAGAACGAUGCGCCGUGAGCAGCGUCUGUCCUCAUUGUCGCGCGAAGGAUCAUCACCUACGGCAUCCGCAAUUAAUCCGCACGUUAACGCGAGCCCCUAAUUAAACCGCUCGAAUCUGCAGGCGGCGGGCCGCUAAUUAACCGCCGGUACCACCGCUGUCGUCGCCGGCGGCGGCGAGCCUUCGCCUGGAUCAGCCCUAUCGUCCAACGACCUUAUUCAGCGAGGAGAGCUGUUCGACCUCGCGCGCACACGUGGAUUGUCGCGAUCACCGCGCGAGCAAUGCCUCCGUUCGCACCCGCGCCUCGAUAAGAAGGAAAAAGGGCAGGCGACGAGAAGUCGCGGCGCCGCGACGAUGCGGAAAUAUGAGACUUCCUACAGGCGGAUCCUGCCGUCCUUGUCGUCCCCGUCGUCGUCGCCGUCGUGGUCGUGGUCGACGCUGCACUGCCGAUGCAACCUACACCGGCCGCCGACGCUCACGUCCGACGUUCAUUGAGGAAAAAUGGGUGCCAAUCAGUCAACCCGAAGUGCGCCCACUCCCGGAGAAGAAGUGAAUUUCGAUCAUUUUCAAAUUCUACGCGCCAUUGGGAAAGGCAGCUUUGGUAAGGUCUGCAUCGUGCAGAAACGUGACAGUACUGGCAACAUGUACGCCAUGAAAUACGUACAUAAGAACGAGUGCGCGGAACGGGGCGCCCUGAAAAACGUGGCAAGGGAAGUAGAGAUCCUGUCGAAGCUGGAACAUCCUUGCCUGGUGAAUUUAUGGUUCAGUUUCCAAGACGAGGAGGAUCUCUUCAUGGUAUCGGAUUUACUUUUGGGUGGCGAUCUGAGAUACCACAUUCAACAGGAGAUUGUGUUCAGCGAGGAAAGCGUCGUACUGUUCGUGGCCGAAAUCGCACUGGCGCUCGAUUACCUGCAGACCCACAAGAUUAUCCAUCGGGACAUCAAACCGGACAAUAUACUGUUGGACGAGGAGGGCCACGCUCACGUGACGGACUUCAACAUCGCGACCGUGCUCGAAAACGGUCAACUGGCGACUUCGAUGUCCGGGACAAAACCGUAUAUAGCCCCGGAGAUUUACAUGUGCUCGUGCGAGGAAUACGGUGUCCUUGGCUACGGAUUCGCCGUGGAUUGGUGGAGUCUGGGAAUCCUCGCUUGGGAGACCUUAGCCAUGGAGAGACCAUAUCCGCUUCACUCCACGACGUCCAAUAGAGAGUCUUUGAGGAUUCUACAGGAAGAGAGACCGAAACCUACUCACUGGAGCUCGUCGAUACGCGAUCUUCUGGACCGCCUACUGACUCUGGCGCCGGGCGCGCGAGUGUCGUCCUUGAAGGAGCUGAAGCGGGCGAACGUGAUGAAAGAGUUAGACUUUGACAAGGUGUUAAACAAGCAGAUUAAACCGCGAUUUAUCCCGCCGAAGGAUCACUUGAACUGCGACCCGACUUUCGAACUGGAGGAGAUGAUAAUCGAGACGAAACCUCUGCACAAGAAGAAAAAACGCCUGGCUAAACAAAGGUCAUUGAGGGCCGAACACUCGGGGGAAGACGCCGCCUUGUUCGUCGAGGGCGCCGGACCGAGCGUGGAAACGCGUCGAUUAGCUUUCAUCCCGGAGUAUCGAGUAUACAAUCGCGAGCGCGAAAUCGAGAGACAGGAAAGAGAACGGAAGGAGAAACAAUGGGAGGAGGAACUGAACACUGCCAUGAAGGGUGCCGAAGAAAGACUCAAAACAAAGCAGCAGCAUCUGCCGGCCCAGCGAACCGGAAACCGACUGAGCGUCUUGACGACGAGCGUCAAAGCACGCAUAAGCGUGUCACCGAGGCAAGGUCGCCGCGCGAGCGCCACGACGUCCUCGGACAUCGACUUCAUCGACGCGAGUCCGGAGCCUAGCACUUCUUAAAUCGGGCGCGACCGUAUCUCGCUGGUGACGAGCGAGGCUGCUUUCACCUCGCGAACGCGCCCUGAACUCCAGCCGAUUCCGACGACGUUCAUCCACUUCACUGACUCGGUAAAAGUGUGUCUCUGAUAUCUCACAAUUACCCCACUUGGUUCUUUCCUUAAGACUAUGACUCGAGCAAACGGAUCCUCGUUCUCUUUGACGAAACUCGAGGCUUCGUCUCUUCCGAAGGAGACGAACGGAAAAUUUUCCGGCUGUCCAUUUCACUCGAACCGUCUCGAGACGCGAGAAAGCAAAACGCUAUGAAGCUUUUAUAUUCUCCCUCUCGUGGGAAAAAUGCCGAAUUUUUUUCUCUUUCUACGUGUAUCGAUCUGGCGUAUCGACCUGGCGAUUUAAGGUGAUUUACAGUUUUGACGAUAACUUUUUCAUCGGACUCUCCGUGUCAACAGACCGCGACGUGUUUGCUUUGAAAUGAGGCUCUCAGCAUUCUAAUAGACAUCCGAAUACUCACUGUUCGAUAUUCGACUUGAUCAUUCUGAUGAGCUUUCAUCCUUCUCGCUAUGCACUUCCACGGCUGCGCAAGCCAUUUCUCUUGUCACCGUAACUCUAUUUAUUCGUGACGAGCCUGAAACGUAUAGUUCGGAUCAAUGCGGUUUUAUGGCAAGCGGUUCAUCGAGCUCACUAGUCAUCGAUAUUAGUGCUGGCUAAUUUUGCAGCUUCUACGGAAGCCUGAAAACGUGGAUGGAAAUUGGAAGUAACUUCGCGUCGCCCAAGACCUUUCGGGUCCCAGCGGUGCGCGCUUGAUCAAUGUACCAGGAAAAAUGUGCAUUUAAAGAUGUAUAUUAAAAGGAUCAUCAACCGGAUUUUGUCUCAUAAACUUUGAUUAAGGGCAGCGACGGGACU